GGGGAGCGGGUGAGGAGAGCGGAGGAGCCGUGUGGACCACAGCUUGCUGCUGCAGCGGCUGAAGGAGAGGGAGGGGGGACGCACACGCACUGGCCAGGCACGGUCCCUCAAACACACACACACACACCUCAUCAUUUUUCUACAGCAUCCACACAGACACUCACUGCCUGGAGAGGAAACAGUAGCCGGUUUGCAGCAGACGGUUUGAACCACCUCCCGGAUCCAGGCAGCUGCUUGGAUUAAAUCCUCACAGUGUGCAUCCAGACUGCGUCAUUGUGCUGAAGGGUUCGCGCUGUUGAAUCUGGACAAACGCGAGCAUGGACAGGAACAGGAAGCGGGUGCCUGGCUUCGCAGCCGUGCUAUUGAUACUCUUGAGUCACAUGACCUCGGCACUGGAGGUGCCUCUUGAUCCUAAAGUACUGGAAGGAUUGCCCCAACCCCCCACCAUAACGCUACAGUCCCCGAAGGAUUACAUCUUUGAUCCGCGGGAGAACAUUGUCAUUCACUGUGAGGCCAAGGGGAAGCCUCAUCCCAGCUUUUUGUGGACGAGAAACGGGACCCACUUUGAGGUCGAGAAAGAUUCCAAAGUCCUGAUGAAGCCCGGUUCAGGAACUCUUGUCAUUGACAUCAGCGGGGAAAAGGCUGAGGCCUAUGAGGGAACGUACCAGUGCACGGCCCACAAUGAGCACGGCACCGCUGUAUCCAACAGCAUCGUCAUCAGACAGUCCAGGUCCCCCUUGUGGUCGAAGGAGAGAAAUGAGGCGAUCGCGGUCCAAAUCGGGGGGUCCCUGGUGCUGAAGUGCCGACCCCCUGCGGGGCUGCCCCCACCGGUCAUCUUCUGGAUGGAUAACAAUUUCCAGAGGCUACCGCUGGAUCAACGCGUGUCCCAGGCUCUGAAUGGAGACUUGUACUUUUCCAAUGUUCUUCCAGAAGACACCAGGAGCGACUACAUCUGCUAUGCUCGCUUCCCUCACACACAAACCAUCCAGCAGAAACAGCCCAUCUCAGUCACCGUGCUGGACAAUAGCCCAGAUGGGGAACGUCGUCCCCGAUUCAUGAUGCCUCAGGGCACCACCAGCACCAAGAUGGUUCUGAGGGGGGAGACUCUGGAGCUGGAGUGCAUUGCUGAUGGCUUACCCACUCCAGAGAUCUCGUGGCAGAAGGAUGGAGGGGAGCUGCCGAGCAGCAGGAUGUCUUUUUAUAACUAUAAGAAAACGCUCAAGGUUUCUGAUGUGAAUGAAGCUGAUGGUGGCGACUACCGCUGUACAGCCACAAACAACCUGGGCACGGUGCACCACAUCAUCCAGGUCACUGUCAAAGCGGCUCCUUUCUGGGUCAGCGCACCCAGGAACCUGAUCCUCGCCCCGAACGAGACCGGCAUCCUGACUUGUCGAGUUGAUGGAAAACCCAAACCUUUGAUCACCUGGUUGGUCAAUGGUGUAUCCCUACAGAACGCUCCGGAGGACCACACUCGGAAGGUGGAUGACGACACUGUGAUUCUUAGCAACGUGCAAUCCGGGUCUAGUGCUGUCUACCAGUGUAAUGCAUCCAAUGAAUUUGGUUACCUGAUGGCAAAUGCUUUCGUCAACGUGCUUGCCGAGCCACCGAGGGUGCUUACUCCACCUAACAGAGUAUACCAGGUCAUCACCAACAGGCCUGCGUUACUUCAUUGUGCCUCAUUUGGCUCACCAAUACCAGCUAUCACAUGGUUCAAAGACAGCCAGACCAGCGUCAAGAAUGGUGACCCUUACGUGAUCCAUGACAACGGCACAUUGGAGAUCAAUGUGGCCCAGCCAAUAAACAGUGGAAAGUACACCUGCAUUGCCACCAACAACUUUGGGAUCAAGGAGAACCACGUGUACCUAGAAGUAAAAGAGCCCACUCGAAUCCUCAAGCAGCCGGAGUACAAGGUGGUACAGAGAGGAAUGAGCGCCGUGUUCGAGUGUAGAGUCAAGCACGACCCAUCCCUCAUCCCCACCAUGACCUGGCUCAAAGACAACCGAGAGCUGCCUGACGGAAGGUUUGAGGUGAAUAUGGAGAGUCUGACCAUCAAAGACGUGACAGAGGAAGACGAAGGCACCUACACCUGCAUCAUGAACACCACCCUGGACCAGGACUCGGCCAGUGCCAUGCUGACCGUCGUAGAGGCUACUCCUCCUCCAGCUAUUGUCUACGAGAAACCCGACCCUCCAACUGAUCUGGAACUGACUGACCAGACAGAGAGGAGCGUUCAUCUCACCUGGAUCCCCGGAGACGAACACAACAGUCCCACAGAGAAGUUCUUGAUCCAAUACGAGGAUCUGCUCCACCAGCCAGGAGUUUGGAUCAACCUCACGGAGGCUUCCGGUACGAGCACCACGGCGCAGUUAAACCUCUCUCCUUACGUCUACUACUCCUUCAGAGUCCUGGCCAUGAAUCACGUCGGCUACAGCCAGCCAAGCCAGCCCUCGAGCCAAUACAGGACCAACCCUGCAGCUCCCGAUGAAAAUCCAUCCGAUGUUCAGUGUUUAGGAACAAUGCCGGGCGACUUGGCCAUCUCGUGGACACCGUUGACAGGAUUUCAGGCCAACGGGCCCAGUCUGGAGUACAAAGUGCUUUGGAGGCAGAAGGACACGGGUGAGGAUUGGUCCUGGCAGAAUGUGGGCAACGCGUCGCAGUUUGUUGUGUCCGGAGGUCCCGUUUACGUGCCCUACGAGGUCAUGGUUCAAGCUCUGAAUGAUUACGGCAGCGGCCCCGAGCCUGAAGUAGUGAGCGGACACUCUGGAGGAGACCUGCCUUUAUCUGCUCCAGAUAGUGUGCACGUCAUGGUUCACAACAGCACACUUGCCGAAGUGCACUGGGAGCCCGUUUCUUUCCCCUCAGUGAGAGGAAAACUAGAGGGAUACAAGGUGUACUACCGACGUGAGAGUGGCUUGCACGAAACCGAGGAGGACGCAGAGCAGCGGGAACUGGUUUUGACUUUCAGUGGGAAUCGUAGCGAGGGACGUCUGCCGGGCCUCCAGCCUUACAGCACCUACAACCUCACCAUUAGAGUCCUUAAUAACAAAGGAGAAGGACCUCCUAGUCCCAGCAAGACGUUUACGACACCUGAGGGAGUCCCGGGGCCUCCUUCUUUUCUGAAUGCCAUAAACCCUAGUUUAGACACUCUAACCCUGCAAUGGGGCCCUCCAACGAACAACAAUGGACGGCUCGCUGGGUACACACUGAAAUAUCAACCAGUCAACAACACUAACGAACUGGGGCCAGUCAAGGUCAUGACCUUCCUCGCCAACGAGACUACCAUUACCCUGGGCAACCUGAACUCCAGCAUGCUUUACAAGUUUUACUUGAGCGCAAAGACAAUCAAGGGCUCUGGCCCGAUCAUCACCGAGGAGGCCUUCACAGUCAUGGACACGACUCGUUCUCAGCCCACUGUAGAGACGAGUAAAGGCCCUACAGAGCCCCCUCACCCAACCUCCCCCAUCACUCAGUCUCCGCAUCCCCCGUUUCACAAGGUGCCGCCCGUAGGCCCUGCGUUUGGCAAAGUUAACACGUCCAUGUUGGAGGAUGGUGCAGUGAUCAGUUGGGAAUACUUUGGACACCAUAAGAAUGUAUAUGUGGAGUAUAUUGUAGAAAACAGUAAAGAGGACUGGAAACAGGAGUUGGUAAACGGUUCACACUGGCAUAUGAUAAAAGGUUUAAAGCCGGGGACGUCCUAUAAGGUGCGUGUGGUAGCUAGAGACCCGGCUGACCCGGCGGUCCACAGCACAGACGAAGUGUUGGUCGCGGUGCCAGCUGUAGCCAACCGGCAGGUAGACAUUGCCACCCAGGGCUGGUUUAUUGGCCUGAUGUGUGCCAUCGCUCUCCUCAUCUUGGUCCUUCUCAUAGUGUGCUUUAUCAAGAGGAACAAGGGGGGAAAAUAUCCAGUGAAAGAGAAAGAAGAUGCCCAUCAAGACCCAGAGAUCCAGCCUAUGAAGGAGGAUGAUGGCACAUUUGGAGAGUACAGGUCUAUGGAGAGUGACACAGAGGACCACAAGCCGCUCAAGGGCAGCCGGACGCCGUCCAACGGGACGGUGCGCCGCGAUGAAAGCGAUGACAGCCUGGUGGACUACGGGGAGGGCGGGGACGGGCAGUUCAACGAGGACGGCUCCUUCAUCGGCCAGUACAGCGGCAAGAAAGAGAAGGACACCCACGAAGGCAACGAGAGUUCGGAGGCCCCGUCGCCCGUCAACGCCAUGAACUCGUUUGUCUAAACGAAAGGGGCCCAUUGGGCCCGGCUGCGACGGUUGCUACGCCCCCCACCCCCUCCCCCGUGUCACCCUGGCAAGUGUGACCAUCUCUGUGGUGACAGUUGCUAAGGUGACAUGGCGGUCGUCGUGGGCACCUUACUUCUACCACGGCGGCUGUCACUCUGGUGGCACCUCCCCAUGGCUACCUGUCAGUCACCAAGACCGCUGACACGCCCUCAUCUCCACACCCGCAGGCCCCUGUCCCACUGUGACCUCUUCUUAUGUGCACACAGUCAACGUGGCAAAGACACCCCCCCCCCCCCGCCUCCCCCCAUAACCAUUGAAGGAAAGUGUGAUCCAAAGGGUGUGAAGAAGAGGGAAGGAGAGAGGAAAGCAAUAUAGAAAAACAGAAGGAAUGUACCAGAGAUUUUUAACACUCAGACUGAGCAGGUGUGUGUGUGUGUGUGUGUGCGCACGUGUGUGUGUGUGUGUGUGUGUGUGUGUGUGUGUGUGUGUGUGUGUGUGUGUGUGCGCGUGUGUGUGUGAGCGUGUGUUAGUGCCAUUUGAUCUCCUUUCAAACAUACUAAACAUGAUGUAUCCAAAUAUAUAUUUUAUCCAAGUACAGUAUGUGACCCGCAAAUAUGCAUUGAAUCGCCUUCAUAAACAUCUGCAUGGAGUAAAUCAUGAUUCUAUAAAGCAUUUGACCAACUUGGUGUUGCAGAGGUUAGCUGUGUGUUCAGACUGUAUUUGGUGCACGCCUACUAGCAACUGGGUUUUAUUUUUUUUUCAGUCAGUGUUAAAUGGCGUAUGAUAUAUAGAGGAAAAUAGUCUUUGGAAGAGAUGCUGCUGUAAAAUGUGUGACUCAAAAUAGAGGCGAGCAUGUCUUAUUGAUAGAAAUGACUUAUUUGUUCAUAUGUAAUACAAUAAGAAGCUCUAUCUCAAGGUGGUGGUUAUCCCUUUGUAGUCAUUGGAACCCUCAAAACACUAUGAACCAACAAGCAAGAACUCCCACACUUAUUCCAAUCCGCCUGAUUAUAGCUACAGGUUUUCUCAAGCUCUUCCUGCUACUGAGCACCAACUGAACACAAGUGGGGCUGUGAUUGACCCGGUGUCAUUAUCAAGUGCUUCCAACCCUGAAUCCCCGUCACUGUACAGGCUUUUUUCUUAAGGCCAAACAUUGUCUCCAAUGCCUCUCCUGUAAUGGCAGAAAGAAAGACGAUUGCAUAUAAUAAGUGUACCCCGAACAGCGUUAAUUGUCACACACUUUAGUUUCUGGAUGUUAAGAUUUUGGUGAUUAAGAACCUCUCAGCACAGUUUCUAGUGCCUUCCGAAGUGAACAGUGACUUAGAUCCACAGUUUGCAUCCCUCUUCAUACACCGGACAGACCUGGGAUCAGUGCAGUUAGUAAAAGUUCAUGGUUAGUUUGCAUAUACAACCCCAUAUUACUCAAAAGACAACUGGGAAAAAUGUGUUCAAUAGGGCGCAUUAAAGCUUUAUCUUUUGUGACCUCAUUUCGUGAAGCAUCCACGUGAGAUUGCUAACUUAAAACGGCCUAUUUGAGUCUCACUUUGGGGUCCACACAGGUGUGAAAGCUAUUUCAAAAACAAAUUCACGCUUAUCGACUGGCAUUAGCUGUGAGGACUAAUUUUCAACUGUGUAUUGUUAUGGCCUUGUUGACAAUCAUACACCCAGUUAUCAUCAUCCGUAGGGUAUUCAAACACACCGCCACAUCAAAGCAUACUGCAAGCGAGGAAAGCAAAUGCGUGGAAAAGCUCAGUGCAUGGACACGUUAUGUAUUCAUGUCAAACAUUCUCCUCCCUAACGUUCAUCUUGAGGUGGAGCCCGUGCGCCAGCAGCACUAAACUACUGCCAACCUACUCGCCAGGUAACUGCCAUGGGGAGCCAGACUCAACAUCUGGCCUGGACUGCUGCAGUUAGAACGAGACUUUCUGUCACUGGUAGCACUUAGAAAUGAAAGGGGUCGGAAAAUGGCGUAAUGAUACUGAAUGUGGAAACCAGUGGGUCUGUUUAUGUGAAUGAAAAUAAAGCUUGUUUCACUGCAAAUGGUAAACACACUGGUGACUUUGGUUUAUGCAUUUAACCUGAUAUCUGUAUGUUGUCUCGUUUAGAGCGCAGCACUCAGUGAGUUUUUUUUAAUUUUUAUUCCUGUAAAUGAAUGAAGCUUGUGUGUGAAUGUCUGGGUGCACAAGUGUGUGUGUGUGCGUGUGUGCGCGCGCGGCACAUGCAUGCUACCAUGAUAGAGCGUGCGUGAUGUGUAACAUCGCUUUUCCAUGGAUAAGUCAUUCAUUCGGAUGUGUGUCUUCUCUCAACGGGAGAGACAAGAGCUUUUUUUUUUUUUUUCAGAAAACAUUUCCACGUCUUUAGGUUCAUCAUAACUUGCAUCAAGUUUUUACGUUGCGAUGUGACACCUUUCCACAUGUAGAUAUUUUUGUUGUAUUUUGUAAAUAACGACUUGACUUGAGAGCAGAUUUCUUCGAAGUCAGAGGGGAGAGCUUGACCUCAAUUUGCCCCACUGCAUUAUGGGGUAGGAGUGUGUUGCGUGGGAUGACACUCUUUACGGUUUUCACUCUUUAAUUUGCUGUGAACUUUUGUUUUCUUGAACUUGUCAGGUGAAUUUGCUAGCUCAAAUGUUUAGCCUAUCAGGUAUCGGAGAUUAUUUGAAUUGUGAGUGAGCUCUUGUGACACCGGUAUCGUUUCCCUCUCUGUUAGUUCAUGCACCUUUUCUGUAUUUUUUUUUUUUUUAAUAAAAAAGCCACACACUUAAACAGGAUGUCAUUUAAAACACAUCUGUGCCACUAGUUCACAACUAGGCCUGGCGUCUGAACGCAGGACGCUGCAACGCUGUUGUCCCAAAAUAGACAUCCGAUGAAACUGACACAUCCUUUUUAAGAGUGGACGCCUAAAAAAUCCCAAAUAAAGCGUAAUCUGGAGCAUACAGGGGGGGGGGAGGGCCAAGCAUGGACGGAUACGCAGACUGGCAUUUUAGAGUGUGAAUUCCCUUGAAACAAUGUUCUAGUGACUGGUGAACAGUAGAAUAUACAGUAUGAUAUAAUAUGACAUUCUGGUUAAUGUUGAAGCUAAAUGAGAAGCAUGAACGGCUGUUGAAAUGGUUUACUCUACAUUAUGAUAUUGCAAAAAUAUUUUGUAUUUCAAAGGAAGUUUAAAAAAAAUGAAAUAAAUGUUGGUUUCAGGAUU